AUGGCGCAGGGACAUGGUGAACAAGCCCUGGUCAACCUCUUGCAUUGUCCUCCUGAGCAACAUGUUGCUCAGUUGGAGCCAUUUGAGGCGUUUGUGCUCGGACAGCGUAGAAACGCGUCCGAGGUAAACAGCCAAGCUACGGCUGAGUCCACUAAGACUCAGGAUGAGGUUUUGCUUGAGCAAUGUGGAGUGGCACAGCUCAUUGAAGACGACACCAGAAUGGUGUCGUAUGCCAUGUACAACUUGCGUGGCAAAGCGUCAGAGUGGGUAUACUCUGCGCUGAUGGCAAAUGCUGAUGCGUUUCCAUCAUGGGCGAUCUUUAAGACAAAGAUUCGCGCCAUGUAUCAGCCGCCUAACAACGAAGUGUUGCUUAUGGCGCUCUUCUUUGGAGCACGACAGGCGAAACGCUCUUUGCAAGAAUUUUGUGCAGGAGAUGCGUUCGCUGUCGGCGUCCAUCAAUGGGGAACCGAUACCAGAACGUAUCAAGGUGGCCACGUUCAUGAAUGGACUUAG